CGCUUCUUUCUUGUCGCUUCUCGUAGUUCAAAUCGUUGAAGCGGCUUACCACGUAAGUGAGAAUCGGUGGAAAUAAGCAAAACUUUCUCGGCCAAUACCUUCCCUCGCCGCAGUCCGGGCGGCAGCGAGCCAGCGUCGCGAUCGGUGGCAGCACGCGCCACCGCUACGCCGCACCGGAGCAGCGAGAGAGAGAGAGAGCGAGAGGGAUGGGGGACCAUGAGUUGCGCGGGGACGAUUUCGUGAAGAAGGCCGAUCAGAAGCUCUCCGGCUGGGGCUUCUUCCGCAACAAGUACGAGGACGCCGCCGACCUCCUCGACAAGGCCGGCAACUUCUUCAAGCUCGCCAAGAACUGGAGCAGAGCAGCUGCAGUAUACAAAAAGAUUGCAGAUUGUCAUUUGCAGGGAGAUGGCAAGCAUGAGGCUGCCUCUGCUUAUGUUGAGGCUGCAAAUUGCUACAAAAAGUUCUCACCACAAGAUGCUGCACAAGCACUUGACAGUGCCGUUAAUCUAUUCUUGGAAAUUGGCAGAUUGAACAUGGCUGCAAGAUACAGCAAGGAUAUUGGUGAAAUCUAUCAGCAAGAACAAGAUUUAGAGAAUGCUGCAGUCUACCUGAAUCGGGCUGCUGAUCUUUUUGACAGUGAGGGACAAUCAUCUCAGGCAAACAGCAUGACACAGAAAAUUGCAGAAAUAUAUGCUCAGCUGGAAAAGUACCAGAAGGCAACCGAGCUCUUUGAAGAAAUUGCUCGUAAAUUAAUAAGCAAUAACCUUCUGAAGUACAGUGUCCGAGGAAUUCUACUUAAUGCAGGCAUUUGCCAACUAUGUCGAGGUGAUCCUGUUGCUAUAAAUAAUUCAUUGGAGCGCUAUCAGGAUAUUGACCCAACCUUCUCAGGGACACGCGAAUACAAGCUUUUGGCUGAUCUUGCAGCCUCCAUGGAUGAAGGAGACGUUGCCAAGUUUACUGAUGCCGUAAAGGAGUUUGACAGCUUCACACGCCUGGAUCCUUGGAAAACAACUCUCCUUCUCAAGGCAAAGAACGAGCUGAAGAAAAAGGAAGAUGAUGAUGAGGAUCUAACAUAGGCUUUGCUAGCUCUACAAAAGGUGGCUGAUCCCUUUGAGGACGGAUGCUGCUAAGUCCUUGCACGAGAUUACUUGACAUUUGUAUAGAAUAUAGAUAUACUAAACCUCCUGGAUGCCUCUGCUGUGGACUCCUGUUUGGAUUUUGGAGCACUCCGGUUACCACCCGAUUCGCUGUCGGAUUGGAGAUUUAGAACGCAGUAGCUAUUAGCAUACUCUUGCUGGUAUCUUGCUACAUAUGGUAGCUCGAUCGUUUCUUCCACUACUGUUGGUGGUU